AGAUACCGAGACUUCGCAGAGAAAGGGGAGCUAAGAGAAAGGGGAGCUGAGAGAAAAUCGUCGGAUUUGGCAAUGGAGGCAUUGCAAAUUUCGAUUGUUUCUUCUCGUCAUUUGGCUUCGAAUUCUCAAUCUCCUUGUGCAAGUAGAAGCUUGUGUCAUGGUUCAAACUGUGGGAGAAAAUCCUCGAGUAUUUCAUCUUCUUGGCUUGGUUCGAGUAAUUUGAAGUCGCUCUCGUCGAGGAAUUUGUUCGCUAGGGAGAUUUGGGGUUGGCUUCAUGCCAAGACUGCUAACACUAGGAGAGAUAUGCGUGGGGUUGUACGGGCUGAAAUGUUUGGCCAGUUGACAGGUGGUCUGGAGGCUGCUUGGAACAAGCUCAAAGGAGAAGAGGUUUUGUCAAAGGAAAAUAUUGUGGAGCCAAUGCGAGAUAUUAGGAGAGCUCUUCUGGAGGCUGAUGUAAGCCUUCCUGUUGUACGAAGGUUUGUGCAAGCUGUCAGUGACCAAGCUGUUGGUGUUGGAGUGAUUCGAGGAGUGAAACCUGAUCAACAAUUGGUUAAGAUUGUACAUGAUGAGCUUGUGAAAUUGAUGGGUGGAGAAGUCUCUGAACUUGUUUUUUCAAAGUCUGGCCCUACUGUCAUACUGUUAGCUGGUCUACAAGGAGUUGGAAAGACAACCGUUUGUGCAAAAUUGGCCAAUUAUCUUAAGAAACAGGGGAAAAGUUGCAUGCUGGUGGCUGGAGAUGUGUAUAGACCCGCAGCUAUUGACCAAUUAGUUAUCUUGGGAGAACAGGUGGGGGUGCCUGUUUAUACAGCAGGCACUGAGGUUAAGCCUUCAGACAUUGCAAAACAAGGUCUACAAGAGGCUCGAAAAAAUAAAGUAGAUGUAGUAAUCGUGGAUACUGCAGGAAGGCUUCAGAUAGACAAGGCCAUGAUGGAUGAAUUAAAAGAAGUGAAACGAGCGAUCAAUCCAACCGAAGUGCUCCUUGUUGUGGAUGCCAUGACUGGUCAAGAAGCUGCAGCCUUGGUCACAACAUUCAAUAUAGAGAUAGGGAUCACAGGUGCUAUUCUGACAAAGCUAGAUGGAGAUUCAAGAGGUGGAGCAGCUUUGAGUGUCAAAGAGGUAUCAGGAAAGCCAAUCAAGCUUGUUGGCCGUGGAGAACGUAUGGAGGACCUUGAACCAUUUUAUCCUGACCGUAUGGCAGGAAGAAUCUUAGGAAUGGGAGAUGUACUCUCUUUCGUGGAGAAGGCACAAGAAGUGAUGCGCCAGGAGGAUGCAGAAGAUCUGCAAAAGAAGAUAAUGAGUGCAAAAUUUGACUUCAAUGAUUUUCUGAAGCAAACUCGUGCAGUUGCUCGAAUGGGAUCCAUGACUCGUGUCCUUGGAAUGAUCCCUGGUAUGGGAAAGGUCACUCCCGCCCAGAUUCGGGAAGCAGAAAAAAGUUUGAAAAUAAUGGAAUCAAUGAUUGAAGCAAUGACUCCUGAGGAAAGGGAGAAGCCAGAAUUGUUGGCAGAAUCACCUGCAAGGAGGAAAAGAAUUGCUCAAGAUUCGGGGAAAACAGAGCAGCAGGUGAGCCAGCUUGUGGCUCAACUCUUCCAAAUGCGUGUUCGUAUGAAGAAUUUGAUGGGUGUGAUGGAAGGUGGAUCCAUUCCAGCAUUGAACAAUCUUGAAGAAGCUCUUAAAGCCGAACAAAAGGCCCCUCCGGGUACUGCACGAAGGAAGCGAAGAUCAGAAUCAAUGAAGCAACUUCUAAACUCAGGAACAAGGCCAAGUCCUCGUGGUUUUGGGAGUGGAAACUAAGCAAAAGCUUAUCAAGAGAUGCAUAACAAAAACAGGUUAAUGCUUCUUUGCUCGGAUGUCUUUAUUUACCAUCGCAUUAGGUAUUCCAAUUUUCUUGUUCUGUAAUUUUACUACACACAAUGUUCCUGCACUAGGCAAUGAAACCUUUUUUUUUCUUGCUUGUAUAA